UCAAAAGCAUAAUCUCCAAAAUGUUUUACAGUUAUUACAGGUGUAGAAAAUAUGUCACAUGCUUAAGAAAGUAUGCAUCCAGUCCAGAGAUCAAACAAGGGACCCCCUGCCUGCAAGUCAGGUUCUCCACUAGCUGACAAACUAAGCCAAAUAACUCACAAAUUCUUACCUGUGCAUGAGGCAACAGCUGUAUAUGUGAAUAAUAUAAUUAUGUUUUCUGUUAAUUAUCGUUUCAGGAGGUUGCAGUGAACAUUCGCUCCCAGAGACCCGUCUGUCAUGUCAGCCCGCAUGCAACAUACCGGGCUCGUACUGUAACGACACAAACACGUGCGUGUGUAAACCCCGUCAUAAACCCGGAUACAACAGGCUUCAUGUGCUUGUCGAGUGUAUAAGGAUGGAUAACACAACCAUAGCCUCACCCGUACCGAAUUCAGUUACACUCCCAACUGAUGGCCCUACCAAUGUUUGGAUGUAUGCAGUGAUCGCGGCAGCCACACUCUUUGUCAUUUUCCUGGCAGUGGCUUGCUACUCCUUGAGCGAGUUCUUUACAAAAGGGCCGCGCCCACGCCGGAAAGAUGAGGAAGGUGAUAAGGCGGAAGGUGCGGACAACAUUGAUGGCAUGACUGCAGAAUGUAAUCAUUUAGACAUGAAUGGUUCUCGUAAUGUGGCUGAUGUAGAUUCUAGUGUCAACACGCGGUCGAGUGUAGGUGCACUUGCAUGGUUGAGGAAUGUUCGUGUGUCCCCCUCCCCAUCCGCAGGCUGUUUCCGUUUCUUUCGUAGAAGGAGUUAUAACGAUGACUCGAGGGAGUUCAGGGAAGCACAUGGUACAGUGAUGCAUGAUUCUGCUCGUCCUAGACUUAAUGGCGAUGCAGAAGAAAUGUUGCAUGCUCCAUAUUGUGAAACAAAUGUAGACAGUGCUAGAUGUUGUGAUGACACUUCGGUCAGAAAACAGUUAUGGCCUGAUAUUGGGGAGGGGGAGAAUGGUCUACAUGAAAACAAUGUUGAAACACUCAACCCAGUCAAGAAACUUUCCAGAAAAACAGAGCAUUCAAAGCAGUCUUACAAUAUGGCUCCUACAAGAGAUAAUAACAAUGAGCCUGUUGAUCUCAUAUCAUACAGUAAAGCUCAGUCCAAUAAAAAGGUAAAAGGACUUACAAAAUCAUGCCCCCCACCUUACACAGAAAUGAAUACGAUACCAAAAAUGAAAAAAAAUACUGAAACAAAAGUCAUCGAUGAUGAUUCAGAGAGUGACAUUGAACCUUCUGAACAAGACCAUCUUAUUGAAGAAAAUGAGAAAUUUAUAGCCCCUAUAGCUAAAAAAGGAACAUUUGCAAAAGAAGAAGAGGACGUGUUUCAUGAAUACAGGGGCAGAGAGCCACUCCAAGGUAGAUCAACCUUACCUCACAGGUCAAGGCCACCACCAAUAAUAUUGCUCAAGUCAAAGUCACUGGAACAUGAGGAGGCUUAUGAGUCAGAUGAUAGUAUUGGAAAUGCUGAGUCAUUACGCUCACAGUUCUCAGCUAGGUCUAAGAUGUCAAGACUAUCCAAACUAAGUGUGACUUCUGGUCCUACAAUUCAGAUUGACCCUGAAGAGGCUGUAUGCAAGGAUGCCCUUUCACCAGGGCGUCCGGUUAAUAUUGGGUUUAUAUCAUACUCUAGUGUUGAUACUGAGGACUCUAACGCCCCUGAAUCAUCUGCUUCCUGUGACUCUGACCUUUCUCCAAGGUCGUUGCCCUCGGACACACUCUCUGAUCUGUCGCCUAGCAACAGGAAAGGAACUAAUGGAUAUGGAAGUGAUAAGGUUGUGAAAAACGUUGCUUUGGACUCCUUGAGAAUGAAAUCUCAGAUGAAACAAGGUGGGAAGAGGUCAGACGAAGAUUCAGGACGGGAUUCAUUACCAAAUAGUUUGAACAACGCUCAAGGAAAGCCAGAGAAAACUCUUAUUCCAAGACUGGAUGUGCAUAAAGUUGGAAAAACUAGUACAAACGGUCGAACAGGUAACAGGGAAGCUAAUCAGACUCCAAAAACAAAUGGACAGGUCACAAAAGAAAAAUAUCAAGAUAUUAAAUCAAAACGAGCUAGCCUUAAAAAACAAAAUGGAAAUGAGGUUGAAUUUUAUGAUGAUUGAAGCUUAAACAUUGGAGAUUACUGAAAUAAAACUGAAUUUGGGGAUAAAUAUCAAAUGAUAAAAGGUGGAUUACCUGCAUGCAAUGUUGUUGUAGUGAAAGAUAUUUUAGAAUUUAUUGAUGAGAGGAAAAAAAAAUAUGUUUGUUUCCAAUUUCACGGCCCCAAAAUAAAAGGGUUGGUAGAUUGGGGAUUUUUAAAUUAUUUUUAGGACCGUAAAUGACCAGCUAGAGAGUAGAUCUCAGACACUUUUUAGAUAAGUUUUUAUCACUAACAUUCUGUGAUGUCUGACACACCUUGUAAUUGCUGAAUUUUAACAGGCAUUUGGUAUAUUUCAUUCCAAACAUCUUGACUGUCCUCGAUCUACCAUCAGAGAUACCUUACUGGUAGUACCCUGAAUAUCAUUUUCAUUUCAAGCCAUUUUAAUAACGAAAAGAUGUACCCAAAAGAAAAUGAAAAAAGGUUAAGAAUUUUUUUUAAAAAUUAAGGUACAAGCAGUAAAAAGAGAAAAGGUGGAAAAAACUAAAGUAGGCCAGAAAACCAGAAACAAACAUUUUUUUGUUAUGCCUUACUAUGUUACUUCCCCAGAAAUUAUGUAAAUGUUGUUGUUUGUUAUAUGUUACAUUCCUAAAUUACACAGAUAACUUUUGGUGUUUCAUUUGUUGUAUUACUUGUGUGUCCCAAUUUAUUAUUACACAGAAUAUCUUUUAUUUGAAAGUUACAUUUUCAAAUGUGCUAUGUUUACAUGAGUAGCUGUGUUGUAUUCACUGUUUUAUUUGCAAGUUUUAUUUUUGUGAGUGAUAGGAUGUUCAUGGUUCAUGACAGUUCAUGACUUGUUAUUUGCUUUUAAUUUUGAGACGCACCUUUUAUACAUGUACAACAUGUAAAUUAUUAGUUCAUUUAUUUUUCGAAUAUAAAUGUCGGGGUAUUGUAAUAGCCUUCAGAUGUCGGGAAUGUUGGCGGCGUCUUAGUGCAAAAGCUUUAAUUUUUGCCAUAAGUCAAAAAACUGUUCUUUUUAUUAAAUUCAAACUUGAAACACAUGUUUGCAGAGACCGUUUGCACAUUCAUUAUAUACGCAUCAUAAAUAUGCAAACAAAUCAUUAUGAAAUACAUGUAUUUUUACUUAGUGCAUUUCGGCGUUUUCCAACAAAACAGUGCAUCACUGAAUUAUAAAUUAAUAUGUUGUAAUGUGUGCUAUAUUUGCGUUGAACCGGUAAUUGAUAUAGUAAAAGGGUUAUAAGAUUACUUUGUUUUGAUUCGGAAUGUUGUAUUCGAAUCUCGUGGAUUUUCGCAAUUAUUUAUUUGUCUAGCACAUCAUGAAAGAGUAAUCUGCAAAAAUGCAUUCAAGUUGAAUACAGCCUGCAGUAUCAAAAUGAAAAAUUUAUAACCCUAUCUUAUAGCAGGCCCCAGCUGUGUAACUUCGACUCCUAACAAACAAAAGAGGGUUGGCGUUUAUCAAAAGUUUAUCUGAUUGGGAGCAUUUAACAUAUGAAAAACUCAUAUAUUUCGCAAACCUGCUACCAUGAAAUGCUAUCUAAACAUAUUUAAUCAUCCUCAAAAAUUAGGGACAAGAAAUGUCUUGCUUAAUUAUUCAUAAUGAAUUCCUUGCUGAAACUGGAAAACAACAAAAUGAUAAUUACUUGGCAGGCUAAUGAAAAUUAGUUUCCCUUGAUGUUAAGUUUUGCAUUAUAUAGUUUAUGUUUAUUAUUUUGAAGCAAAACUGCCCAUUGAUAGAUAAAAUAGAGAUAAAUUAAAAGCUUUAUUUCUGUUAUAAGUUUAGAUUUGUGUGUAUUUUUAAAGGAAAAAAAUAGCGAAUUAAUGUUUUUAAGUGUUCAUGACGGUUUUCAUAUACAUAUCAUAGAAAUAUAUAACUCAUUGUUGUCAUUUUAUUGUAUAUUUAGUUAAAAUUAUGUGAUUAUUUAUCCUUGCAAUAUGAAACUAAUGCAUUUUCAGGCCAUGACCAUUUUAAAUAUUGCUUAACAUUGUGUAAGUCUCAUUUUCAUCGGAAUAUAUUUUUCUGUUAUAAAUGUUCUUCAACACUCUAAUUGUUAAACUGAGGUAUUGUUUUGAUAUAGAUGUUUUUUGUGAUUGAGGUUAAUCUAUGAUUUAAUAAAAGAUUAAAACUUAAACUUA